UUAUAGAAUUUUUCGGUUUGGUCUGGAUUAGUCACAGAACUGGCAUCAGCCUUCUAAUUGUGAAGGCUGUCCAAACGUACAGUUUGUUUCCUCUGCUAGAGGAAGUUCCAUCCUGAGCAGCAGCUCAGCUCUCUGGUAAAGUGUGACAUGUGAGCAUUACUGGGCAUCUCAUCUGGCGGGUCUGCGGUCGUUGCUCUUCAGGCAGUUGCUCACUUGGAAUGCUUCCGUGGGGCCAACACUGAGGUUCAACGGUUGUUUCGUAAGGAUCUAUUCAGUGGGGAUGUCGGUGACAUUUCUGCAAGAUUAUCUGAGGAAAACGAAGGCAUCUGAAAUCUACCGACAAGAAUAAUUGUAGCGGUUUUCUCAGUGGAAAGAGACUGUUGGCACAGAGGCAGACGAUUGAAUAAAGUAGUUGGCUCAAAGAAGAUGCGCGGUCUGCUGUUUUUACUCUGAAUGAAGACCAUUUAAUGGAAGCUGCAUUCGUGUGGAGAUCAGAGGAAACACUAGAAUGAUAAACUACUAGGUUUUGGUUUUGGUUUUGGUCUUUAAAGAAAAACCUGAAGCAGUAAUUUGAGCUCAGAUGCCCUUGAGUUCCUCCUGCAGGCUGUGUGUCCUGCUCGGAUCCUCCUCUGACACCAUUUCUGUCCGGUGCCGGUGCCCUGUGCUGGAGCAGCAGCCACAGACAGCUGCCUGAUGGAGAAGGAGUAACGACUCUGCCUUUCUCGUGCUACCGAUGGGAAUAAAGCGAUCUGUGUUUCUUCUGUUAUAUGGAAAAUUUGGAUUAAUCAAGCAGUGUUCCAGUACCAAGAGCCCUAUUGUCUCUUGUGGUCUGACUCAUCGCAUGUAAAUGUACUGCAGCUUUGCUAUUAAUGCAGAGUGGGGGGUUGUUUUGUUUUUGUAUUUUUUUUUCCAUUUCCCAAGCACUGAAAGAAUUGUCAACCUCUAAUGUUCGUUUUGUGAAUUUGUGAAUUCUAGGUUUGGUUUUUGGCUUUUUCUUUUCUUUUUUUUUUCUUUUGUUGUUGUUUUUUAUUUAGUUCUCUGGAUAGUACUAAAUCAGUGAAGCUGAGGAAAUGAAGACAAAUCAAAAGCGGGAUUAGUGAGAUUUUAUUUUUAAUUUUCAAUUGUAAGCAAGCCAGCUCCUGGUAACUGUAUGACCUUGCAGGCAGGAGUGGGUCUGCUGUGACCAUCUCGGUCACAGCAGUUGCUUCUCAUUUGAUUCCUCGUUGUAUGCUGUUGUAUCAGCAAGCCAGUGGUCACUCUGCGCAAGUGGGUUUCAGAGCUAGAGCAGUAUGACUGUCUGGGCAGGGAGAAAUGCUGAGGGAGCCUGUUCCAGACUCAGCUUUAGUCAUUAGCAUAUUGGUGUCAGACGUCUCAGUGACAUAACGUAGUGCAAGAUUAAUCGAAUUCGGUUGUUUUUAGGAUUUCAUGAGCUUUUGUAGGCAUAAUUUUCAACUUCAGUUUUCCUGACAGUGCUUACUAACUUUAAACAUCCAGCUCUGCUCUGCAGAGAAUGUUUGUAAGUGUUACACAGAAGAGGAGGAACACUGCUUGUGCUCUGCCAGCUGUGACUUUCAUCACACAGCUUGGAAGUCAGUGCUUUCACAGACCCAAUGAGUCGAGUCUGUAUUGUUGUUUUGGAGGAGGUAGAAGAUGAAUCUCCUACGUUCAUUUCUAAAUUGCCGCAGGAAAAUAAAUCACUACAUCCUCCACCUGGAAAUGUAUUGGUAAGAUAUGAGAGUUUAUAUCCAUCACUGGUGCAAGCUAUAUUCAAUGGAGAUCCUGAUGAAGUUCGAGCACUAAUAUUUAAGAAAGAAGAUGUUAACUUUCAGGACAGUGAAAAGAGAACCCCAUUGCAUGCUGCUGCCUAUCUUGGAGAUGCAGAAAUCAUUGAACUGCUUAUUUUAUCUGGAGCUAGAGUAAAUGCCAAAGACAGCAAAUGGUUGACACCUUUACACAGAGCAGUUGCAUCUUGUAGUGAGGAAGCAGUUCAGGUACUUCUGAAGCAUUCUGCAGAUGUGAAUGCACGAGACAAAAAUUGGCAAACCCCUUUACACAUCGCGGCUGCAAAUAAAGCCGUCAAGUGUGCUGAAGCGCUGGUCCCGCUCCUGAGUAAUGUGAACGUGUCCGACCGAGCCGGGAGAACUGCCUUACACCAUGCAGCUUUCAGCGGACACGGGGAGAUGGUCAAAUUACUCUUAUCAAGAGGUGCCAAUAUUAAUGCUUUUGACAAAAAAGAUAGGCGUGCUAUACACUGGGCAGCAUAUAUGGGUCACAUUGAUGUAGUGAAAUUACUUGUGGCACAUGGAGCUGAAGUGACAUGCAAAGAUAAGAAAUCUUACACACCUCUUCAUGCAGCAGCCUCUAGUGGGAUGAUCAGCGUAGUCAAAUACCUUCUAGAUCUUGGAGUUGAUAUGAAUGAACCAAAUGCCUAUGGAAAUACACCUCUUCAUGUAGCCUGCUAUAAUGGACAGGAUGUUGUAGUAAAUGAACUCAUAGACUGUGGUGCUAACGUAAAUCAAAAGAAUGAAAAAGGGUUUACUCCCUUGCACUUCGCUGCUGCUUCAACACAUGGAGCACUGUGUCUAGAGCUUCUGGUGGGCAAUGGUGCCGAUGUCAAUAUGAAGAGUAAAGAUGGAAAAACCCCUCUGCACAUGACUGCCCUCCACGGUAGAUUCUCCAGGUCACAGACCAUUAUCCAGAGUGGCGCUGUGAUCGACUGUGAGGAUAAGAACGGAAACACCCCUUUGCACAUAGCGGCACGCUACGGCCACGAGCUGCUCAUCAACACUCUGAUCACAAGUGGUGCUGACACGGCAAAGCGUGGCAUCCAUGGAAUGUUCCCCCUCCAUUUGGCAGCCUUAAGUGGUUUUUCAGAUUGCUGCAGGAAGCUUCUUUCUUCAGGAUUUGAUAUAGAUACUCCAGAUGAUUUUGGCAGGACCUGUCUACAUGCAGCUGCAGCUGGAGGGAAUUUGGAGUGCCUAAACCUUCUGCUGAAUACUGGUGCAGACUUCAACAAAAAGGACAAAUUUGGGAGGUCUCCACUGCACUACGCAGCUGCCAACUGCAAUUACCAGUGCCUGUUUGCUCUUGUGGGGUCAGGGGCAAGUGUGAAUGACCUGGAUGAGAGAGGCUGCACGCCCCUGCACUAUGCAGCGACAUCAGACACAGAUGGCAAGUGCCUGGAAUAUUUACUAAGAAAUGAUGCCAAUCCAGGGAUCCGGGACAAGCAAGGCUACAAUGCGGUUCAUUAUUCAGCUGCUUAUGGUCACCGUCUAUGUCUUCAACUGAUUGCAAGUGAAACUCCGUUAGAUGUUCUAAUGGAAACCUCGGGGACAGAUAUGCUAAGUGAUUUGGAUAAUAGAGCAACAAUAAGCCCUUUACACUUGGCUGCCUAUCAUGGUCACCACCAAGCACUGGAGGUACUAGUGCAAUCUUUAUUAGAUCUUGAUGUGAGGAACAGUAGUGGAAGAACGCCGUUAGAUCUGGCAGCCUUUAAGGGCCAUGUGGAGUGUGUGGAUGUGCUCAUUAAUCAGGGAGCUUCAAUCUUAGUGAAAGACUACAUUUUGAAGAGAACACCUAUACAUGCAGCAGCAACAAAUGGUCAUUCAGAAUGCUUACGGCUGUUAAUAGGAAAUGCAGAACCACAGAAUGCUGUAGAUAUUCAAGAUGGAAAUGGACAGACCCCUUUGAUGCUGUCUGUUCUCAAUGGGCACACGGACUGUGUCUACUCACUGCUGAACAAAGGAGCCAGUGUGGAUGCCAAAGACAAGUGGGGAAGGACCGCACUGCACAGAGGGGCAGUUACAGGCCAUGAAGAAUGUGUAGAUGCAUUACUUCAACACGGUGCUAAGUGCUUGCUUCGUGAUAGCAGAGGUCGAACACCUGUGCACCUGUCAGCUGCCUGUGGACACAUUGGAGUUCUUGGAGCCCUCUUGCAGGCAGCAGCCUCAACGGAUGCAAAUCCAGCCCUAGCAGACAAUCACGGAUAUACAGCACUUCACUGGGCCUGCUACAACGGUCAUGAGACAUGUGUAGAACUUCUGUUAGAACAGGAAGUUUUCCAGAAAACAGAAGGCAAUGCUUUCAGUCCGUUGCAUUGUGCUGUGAUCAAUGACAAUGAAGGCGCUGCUGAGAUGUUGAUUGAUACGUUAGGAGCCAGCAUCGUGAACGCUACUGAUUCCAGAGGAAGAACUCCUCUGCAUGCAGCUGCCUUCACAGACCACGUUGAGUGUUUACAGCUCCUGCUGAGCCACAACGCUCAGGUCAAUUCUGUGGACUCCUCUGGGAAAACGCCUCUUAUGAUGGCUGCAGAAAACGGGCAGACAAACACCGUCGAGAUGCUGGUGAGCAGUGCUAGUGCAGAUCUGACUCUCCACGAUCACAGUAAAAACACCGCCCUCCAUUUGGCUUGCAGCAAGGGUCAUGAAACUAGUGCCUUGUUAAUAUUGGAAAAGAUAACAGAUAGAAACCUCAUCAAUGCAACCAACGCAGCCUUGCAAACACCUCUGCAUGUUGCUGCCCGGAAUGGGCUAACAACGGUGGUUCAGGAGCUUCUGGGGAAAGGAGCAAGUGUGCUUGCAGUCGAUGAAAACGGUUACACCCCAGCGUUGGCCUGUGCUCCCAACAAGGAUGUGGCUGAUUGCUUGGCUCUCAUUUUGGCCACAAUGAUGCCUGUCUCUUCAAGUAGCCCUUUAUCAUCAUUCAAUGCCAUUACCCGUUACACAAACGCCUCAAAAACUGUCAGCUUUGAAGCUUUGCCCAGUCUGAGGAAUGACUCUAGCUCCUACUGUGGUUUUAACAACAUUGCUGGGGAACAGGAGUACCUGUACACAGAUGUGGAUGAGCUCAAUGACUCCGAUUCUGAAACCUACUGAGAGGCCGAGCCCGAGGGCAGGGGUUCCGACACUAAAGCCUCAAACUGAGCUUCUCAUUCACGUACAAAAUCAACCCAAGAAGCAGGAUCGUGCAGUGAGUGAGUGGAAGAGAUGCGAUGGCACUAGGAAGAAGAAUUUUCAAGGCAAGUUUUACAAAAGGAACUUCUAAAAUAUUGACAUAGAGUUGACCAGAUAAAAGCAUAUUGAUGUCAGAUUGCGUUAUGGAAUUGUUUAAUUCAGUCUUGCAGUGCCAGAAGUAAAUUGGGACACUGUGCCGUCCUAACCUUGCUACACAAGCCAACACUAUUUCAAAAGAGUAAGGACACUAGAGUUCAAUUUUACCAACAAAAUUACAGCUAAACUUAAAGGCAAUAAAAGUUUGAUGUAGUAGGCAUUGUGUGCACAGCAAAUUGCCAAAGGACCAAAUCAUUUAAAGGUUCUUUCACUAGAAUGCCAUUCUGUGGAAACUGGGGUAGGUGAAGUAAGAGACAUUAUGUAAACUUUGAUAUUUCUGAAAAUGAAGCUGAGAUUUGAUUUUAAAUGUUGAUUUUUUUUUUAAACAAAAGCAUCUGAAAGCCUUCCAGUACUGUAUUAAACCAUGAAAGAAAGCAGAUGUAUUUUUACAUUCUUUUCUUUUACAUAAAAAUUUUAAAAUUCCAAUUUUUAUAAUGUUAGAAUUGAAAACCAGCUGACUGGGUGUAGUAAGGGUGGAAAUACACAUGACAUAGACCUGAGAAGGCUUGGCGUGAAGGCUUUUGCCCAGUUUUGAAUAGUUUGCAUUAAAAAUUAAACUAUUUUUGUUGGAAGAUGCAAAGGAUUUCCUACAAAAAGAAAUCCAUGGAAUGAAAAGGUGGCUCCACCCUGCUGCAGGGGAGGGGCGGGAGGAAGCUUCAGCCGAACCAUUUGGAUACGCCUGUGUCGCUGACUUGACCUCUGUGCCUCCACAAUGGAUUAGGCGAUUUUUGUUGUCAUUUAUUUUGCUCUUUAAGUUUUGAAAUGGUGGCGAAUCAGAAGGCAACAGAAUUCACUGUCACUCAUAGAUUAGGCAGCGCUGGGUCCCUCGGAAGGGUACGAUUGCCAGCAGUGAAGCCUUCCGCUCCUAUGUGGCUUCGCAUCAGUGUGCUGUAAUAACCCGUUGCAGUCGGACACAGAAGCAGUUUCCUGCCAGAUGGAAGAUGGCCUUUCAAAUUUCCGAGAGGAAAAAAGCCAGUGUUGAGGCUUUAAAAUAAGUGAUUCUCCUUUUACUGCAAACUCAUUUUCCCAAUACAAAUGAUUUUGCAUAUAUAGGGAGUAAAGUUCCAUAGACUGCAACAAAAUGAUAUCAGAUUUCAUCUUAUCCUUUUUGUAUUGUGAAACUGGAAACUUUAUGACAUUGUAAAUUAUCAGCUGGUUUUUCUGAAUAUAAAGUGUGAAAACACAGAACAGUAUUUUGAUCUAUUUGAUAAUUUUGUGGGUUUUUUGAUGAAUUAAUGAGCAUGUACAUAGAAAUAGUGACUGCUUGAAUACUGUAUUUACUUGCACUCUUUCAGUACAUCAAGAUUCCUGUAUAUUUUAGAGUAUAAUAAAACACAAAUGUGAGUUGUAUUUAAUGAAUAAUGUAUUUGUAUCUGUGCAUAUUAUCUAAAAAUCUAUAAAGUUUCUAGGGCAUUGACUACUAGAUUUUAAGGAGUUUUUUUUUAAUAUUUACAAAAAUUAUAAAUGUAAUCUUCCAUCUUUUCUUUAUAAUAUAAAGAAGUCAUAAUGAACCCUUCCUAAUUGUUAGUAGUAGGAAGGUGAAUAUGCAUUUUAGACACAGUGGACUGCAUUUUCUAUUGUACCUUUUGAAAAAAAGAAAACUCAAGAGGAUUCUAAAAGUAUAUAUAUAUAUAUAUGUGUGCUUUCUCUUUCCUUUUAGGAAUUCUCUUCUGAAUUCCCUGAGGGAAUUUUCUAGAAUCUCAGAAUUGAAAGAGACCUGAGGUUCAUCCAGUCUAACCUCUUAGCCAGUGCAGGCGUCCCUUCUCCAAGGGUGAUCUUUCCACCUUGAACACUUCCAGUGACUCUACCUCAGCAAGCAGUCCAUUCAGGUGUUGAGCAGCUCUCACUGUUAGAAAGGUCUUCCUUAGCUGGAACUGAAGCCUCCCUCCUGGUAACUUGUGUCUUGGCACUGCUCUGUCCUCGGAGAGAACGUUGGAGGACGGACCUCGUGCCCUCUGCCAUGUCUUCUCUUUCACAGGCUGUCUGACUCCUUCUCUGCUGAAGUGGUUUCCAAAAGGACUCCUUGGACACACUGAGAUUUUCUGUCUGAUGAAAUCCAAGGUGUAGCUAUAAAGUAACGCACUGUUUUUAAUUUAGCCUCACUUAAACCAGAGUUUAGAUUCUGCAUCACUUUCUAUAAAUGAUGCUGUGACUGAAAUGUGUGAAGUGGUUCAUGCAGUUCCAGGCCCACCAGGAAAACGAUUUCAUUGCUUUGUAACUGCAUCUGUGACGGUCUGUCUCCAGCCUGACAGACAACCCGCUUGCUUUGGUCUGCACCUGAUGGGGGAAGUCCCGAGCCCUUGCAGACUGGUGUUUCAGCAUCAGCAGUGUUGUUGGCAUGCGAACGUGGACUGCUUGAUGAACCACCUCAGCACCGCAGUGAAUUCCUUUAUUGUUACACCUUGUGUGUCAGAAGCAGUUAGGCCCUGACCUGUUUACUUUCUUUAACUUCUGCAUGAAGGAUGACAACCGAAAUUUCCGAUGUGUAUUCUAAUAAUACCAGCUUCUGCUCGAAAAUAUUAUGGGGGAAAUGGUGGUACUGGCAAAUACUUCCUUAACAAGGUAUUCAGCUCAAACCGUGCCAUUUAGUUCAGGAAAUCUCAAAAUGUAGCUAUAAAUUCGGGUUUCAUUGGCUUCUACUGGACCUUUUAAAUGAAAUAAAGUUUUUUAAUGCAGUAAA